GCCCACCUGCCCCCCGGGAUCCAACUCUCUCUCCCUAGCGCCGCCCUUCCUGGCCUGGACCCAGCCUCGGGCUCAAAAUACUGUGGGAGGCCCCGGAGAGCGAUCUGAUCGCCCGAAGUAGGGCGCGGCGCAGAGGUGACCGGCUCCCCGGCCCAGGCGACGCGGACUCCGCAGCCGCCGCCGCCCGGCCGCCUGGCAGGUGUGCGUGCCAGCCAGGAUGAAGCUGAAGAAGCAGGUGACGGUGUGCGGUGCUGCCAUCUUCUGCGUGGCUGUCUUCUCACUCUACCUCAUGCUGGACCGAGUGCAGCAUGACCCCAGCCGGCACCAGAAUGGCGGGAACUUCCCCCGGAGCCAAAUUUCUGUGCUGCAGAACCGCAUCGAGCAGCUGGAGCAGCUGCUGGAGGAGAACCAUGAGAUCAUUAGCCACAUCAAGGACUCUGUGCUGGAGCUGACCGCCAACGCCGAGGGCCCGCCCGCCCUCCUGCCCUACUAUACAGCCAAUGGCUCCUGGGUGGUGCCGCCGGAGCCCCGGCCUAGCUUCUUCUCCAUCUCCCCACAAGACUGCCAGUUUGCUCUGGGGGCCCAAGGCCAGAAGCCAGAGCUGCAGAUGUUCACCGUGAUGGAGGAGUUGCCCUUUGACAACGUGGACGGCGGCGUGUGGAAGCAGGGCUUCGACAUCUCCUAUGGCCCCCACGACUGGGACGCUGAAGACCUGCAGGUGUUUGUGGUGCCACACUCACACAACGACCCAGGCUGGAUCAAGACCUUCGACAAGUACUACACGGAGCAGACGCAGCACAUCCUCAACAGCAUGGUGGCCAAGCUGCAGGAGGACCCUCGGCGGCGCUUCCUUUGGGCGGAGGUCUCAUUUUUUGCCAAGUGGUGGGACAACAUCAACGUGCAGAAGAGAGCCGCCGUCCGGAGGCCAGUGCCCACGGGAGAGCGGGGCUGGCCGUGGGUCAGGCUGGUGGGGAACGGGCAGCUGGAGAUUGCCACGGGAGGCUGGGUGAUGCCGGACGAAGCCAACUCCCAUUACUUUGCGUUGAUUGACCAGCUCAUUGAGGGGCACCAGUGGCUGGAAAGGAACCUCGGUGCCACCCCACGCUCUGGAUGGGCUGUGGACCCUUUUGGCCACAGUUCCACCAUGCCUUACCUGCUGCGCCGUGCCAACCUGACCAGCAUGCUGAUCCAGAGGGUGCAUUAUGCCAUCAAGAAACACUUUGCUGCCACCCACAGCCUGGAGUUCAUGUGGAGGCAGACGUGGGAUGCCGACUCCAGCACAGACAUCUUCUGCCACAUGAUGCCCUUCUACAGCUACGAUGUCCCCCACACCUGUGGCCCGGACCCCAAGAUCUGCUGCCAGUUUGAUUUCAAACGCUUGCCCGGUGGCCGUAUCAACUGUCCCUGGAAGGUGCCGCCCCGGGCCAUCACGGAGGCCAAUGUCGCCGAGAGGGCCACCCUGCUCCUGGACCAGUACCGGAAGAAGUCCCGGCUAUUCCGCAGCCACGUCCUGCUGGUGCCGCUGGGCGACGACUUCCGCUAUGACAAGCCGCAGGAGUGGGACGCCCAGUUCUCCAACUACCAGCGGCUCUUCGACUUCCUCAACAGCAAGCCCGACCUGCACGUGCAGGCCCAGUUUGGCACCCUGUCUGACUAUUUUGACGCCCUGUACAAGAGGACAGGGGUGGAACCAGGGGCGCGGCCUCCAGGCUUCCCCGUGCUCAGCGGCGACUUCUUCUCCUACGCCGACCGCGAGGAUCAUUACUGGACAGGCUACUAUACCUCCCGGCCUUUCUACAAGCGCCUGGACCGAGUGCUGGAAGCCCACCUGCGGGGGGCAGAGAUCUUGUACAGCCUGGCGGUUGCCCACGCCCGCCGCGCUGAGCUGGCCGGCCAGUACCCCCUAUCGAACUUCGCCCUCCUGACGGAAGCGCGGCGCACGCUGGGCCUCUUCCAGCACCACGAUGCCAUCACCGGCACGGCCAAGGAGGCGGUGGUAGUGGACUAUGGGGUCAGACUCCUGCGCGCCCUGGUGGGCCUGAAGCAGGUGAUCAUAAACGCAGCCCACUACCUGGUGCUGGGGGACAAGGACGCCUACCGCUUUGACCCAGAGGCCCCCUUCCUCCAGAUGGAUGAGACGCGCUUGAGUCACGACGCCCUGCCGGAGCGCACAGUCCUCCAGCUGGAGUCCUCCCCACGGUACGUGGUGCUGUUCAACCCCCUGGAGCAGGAGCGGCUCAGCGUGGUGGCCCUGCUUGUCAGCUCGCCCCGCGUGCGCGUCCUCUCGGAGGAGGGGCAGCCGCUGGCCGUGCAGAUCAGCGCACACUGGAGCUCUGCCACCGACAUGGUCCCCAACAUCUACCAGGUGUCUGUGCCCAUCCGCCUGCCGGCGCUGGGCCUCAGUGUGCUGCAGCUGCAGCUGGGCGUGGACGGCCCCCGCACACUGCCCUCGUCCACACGCGUCUACCUGCAUGGCCGGCGGCUGUCCGUCAGCAGGCACGAGGCCUUCCCUCUGCGCGUCGUCGACUCUGGCAGCAGCGACUUUGCCCUCAGCAACCGCUACAUGCAGGUCUGGUUCUCAGGCCUGACCGGGCUCCUCAAGAGCAUCCGAAGGGUGGACGAGGAGCAGGAGCAGCGGGUGGACAUGGAAUUCCUCAUCUAUGGCACCCGCACGUCCAAAGACAAAAGCGGAGCCUACCUCUUCCUGCCUGAUGGUGAAGCCCAGCCCUAUGUCCCCAAGGACCCCCCAGUGCUGCGUGUCACCGAAGGCCCUUUCUUCUCCGAGGUGGUUGCCUACUACGAGCACGUCCACCAGGUGGUCCGGCUCUACAAUCUGCCAGGGGUGGAGGGGCUGUCUCUGGACGUCUCCACUCUGGUGGACAUCCGGGACCAUGUCAACAAGGAGCUGGCCCUGCGCAUCCACACGGACAUCGCCAGCCAGGGCAUCUUCUUUACGGACCUCAAUGGCUUCCAGGUGCAGCCCCGGCGAUACCUGAAGAAGCUGCCCCUGCAGGCCAACUUCUACCCCAUGCCCGUCAUGGCCUAUAUCCAGGACGCUCAGAACCGCCUCACGCUGCACACUGCCCAGGCGCUGGGCGUCUCCAGCCUGCACGAUGGCCAGCUGGAGGUGAUCUUGGACCGGCGGCUGAUGCAGGACGACAACCGGGGCCUCGGCCAGGGGCUCAAGGACAACAAGAGGACCCGGAACCACUUCCGCCUCCUGCUGGAGCGGCGAGUUCUGGGCAGCGAGGUCCAGGACCACCACCCCGCCAGCUACCCAUCCCUCCUCAGCCACCUGACCUCCGCCCACCUGAACAGCCCAGCGCUGGCCCUGCCUGUGACCACGCAGCCACCGCCCGGCCCUGCCCUGCGCUCCUUUCACCCCCUGGUGUCCUCCCUGCCCUGUGACUUCCAUCUGCUCAACCUGCGUGCGCUGCAGGCCGAGGAUGCUGUGUUGCCCUCGGCAGAGGCCGCCCUCAUCUUACACCGCAAGGGCUUCGACUGUGGCCUCGAGGCCAAGAACUUAGGCUUCAACUGCACCACAAGCCAAGGCAAGGUGGCCCUGGGCAGCCUUUUCCGUGGCCUGGACGUGGGUUUCCUUCAGCCCACCUCCUUGACGCUGCUGUACCCGCUGGCCUCGCCCUCCAACAACACCGACGUCUACUUGGAGCCCAUGGAGAUCGCCACCUUCCGCCUCCGCCUGGGCUAGGACUUCCGUGGCCGGAAGAGAACGAUCAUGCACAGAGACGGACUCUUAUCACCCAUGUCAGGUCGGGUUGGACGAGCCACACUGGGGACCCCAUCCCGAUCUACCUCUCAGACCUGCGACCGAGGCUCUGCCCUGGUUUCCUGUUUAUUGCGUCUGUGUUCGGGGCGCCCUGCGAGCCAGUGCUGGGCCCAAAGGGCAGACGCCAGAGAGAGCAGAGGAGGCCCAGGGCCCGGUGGCACUGCAGGACUCUGCGGCAGUUUCUGAGCGCCGCCCCCUGGGGUGCAGGCUCAAGUCCCCAUCCUUUUCCCAGUGUGGCUGAAGGAGACGCAGGGACAGGAGGCCGAGCAGGUAACUGCCUGGCGUCAGGGUGGCCCAUGACAAGAGCGGGCUUGAGGAGAACCAAGGUCAUGUGGCGCCUGCGUGGCCUGGGGUGACAAGCGGGGGCAGUGUUGCCGGGAGGCGGAGGCUGGGGGUAGAGUGAGCAGUGGGCGGAGAGGGAAGAGACUUGCUGCUCCUUGGUGGCCCCCCUCAGAGUGCCUCUGGCUGCGCCCUGGCCCUGUGGGGCCACGCGGUGAAGGACUCGCUGAGAUGGUCACGGCCGGACGUCAGAUGAUAUUUCAGGUACUGAAAACCCUGUUUAAACUGGGCACUUGGUCUGUGUGUUGAUUUGUGGGCUGGUGGCAGGCGCGUGGGAGCUCUGCCUGCCUGACUCCUGUCUGGAGGCUGGACUCUGGACACAGUCCCAGGGCCCUCCCCUGGGGGUGCGUGGGCUGGCUGGCUGCCCUCCCUGGAGAGAAAGGAAGCCUCCCGGGCCCCCGGUAGCUGGGCAACCAGAGACAUGUUCACCCCCUCCCCGCUUCAGUGCUUCACCCUCGACACUGUCCAGAGGGUGGGGUCCCAACACGGGGACUCGGGUCAUGGAAAGUGAGGUAGGAGGAGGCUGACCGUGCCUCAGCCUUUUCCAGCUUCAACGAAUCGAGAAAAGCCACAGUGGUCCCUGUAGAUGGCACCUGGUGCUUGGUGACGUGGUCAGUGUCUCCCUCGUCUGCCAGCGGGGACGCGGCGUCGGACAGGUGGCGCUGUCAGUGGCAGGAGGUGGCUUGUUUCAUAAAUGAGGCUUGGAAGACAACUGGCCACCCACUAAAGGGAGGGGCAGAGCUCUCCCUCGAGGUGUCCACAAACACUAGUUCCAGAGGAGAAAAGCAGAAUGUCAGACUAAAAGUUACUGAAGAAAAUAGAGGAUAAUUUUAUAUCCCUGGUGUAGGAAGGUCUUUUUAAAAUACAACAUGAAAACGAAAAGAUAAUAAGGGGAAAGAGAUUUUACCACGAAAAACAUUGGCGGUUUCUGUGUGGUGGUGAAGACCAAGGUUAAACACAAAUGGCAGGUUUGGGAGAAGGUGUCCGCGGCACGGGACGAGGCGGGACCUGCAUUUGUUUGUGCAACAGUAGCCGUGGGUCCUUGGAGAAAGGCCUGCUGAGUAGCUCCCUAAAGACUGGGGGGCACGGCUUGGAGGCCCGCAGGCCACCCAGGGCUGUCGCCGCCAGCGCCUGCCUGCAGCCCUGUGGGAGUCUGGGUGGAGGAAAUGAGUCGAUGAGACCUGCCGAGCGAUGUGCCCCGUGCGCAGGAGCGCGCUUACCCACGAGCUGUACCCCAGUGAGUAAGGAGCUAAGCCGUCACGCUGUGGCAGCUAUUGGAAUGUCGGGGUGACUCUGCGCACCCCUCGGAAAUUAGCAGAGUAAAGGAUGCUGUCUGUGGAGAUCUUGCCUUACUGGCCUGCCAGGACUGCCACGUGUAAUCCCGCGCACUCACCUUCGCAGGCGGCCUUGCCCGAGCGGGGCCAGAAUCACCAGAGCAGCUCGCUGAGACGCCCGCCCUCCGCCAGGGCUGACCCGCCUGCUCCCCCAGCCUGCAGGCUGGAGUGGGGUCUGCAGGUCAGAGGCCCCGCUCGCUGGGCUGACAUGGAACAAGGCCAAGCCAAAAAGCUCUCCAAGGACAAGCAGAUUCCCGGGCAUGACCUAUGGAACCCAACUCUGGAGUAGCAGCCAAAGAAUGUGGCGUUGCGACAAGCUCCCCGGCGCUGCCUUGGCACACGUAAUUGGAAGAGGCCGGAUUUCAGGCAAGCAACGACCCUCAGUGCUCUGGCGCGGAGGCCUCGAUUCUGAGUCAAAACCGGAACUCCUGGGACUGGAUAAGAGCCCGGGCCUGAGCCCUCGCCCACCGGCCAGCUCCCGUGGGGGCGGAGCUGCGUGGCUGGGGAGCCAGAGCGGAGAGCUGCGUCCUGCCAUCCUGGCGAGCAGGCCCGGACCGCUCUGAGCUGGCUGCGUAGAACCUCAAGUACACAGAGCGCCAACACCUUUACCUAACAGGACCUGCUGCCCACGCGUGCCUGUGCUGAGCUGACGUCACGUGUCUACUUGGGAAAGCCAUGUGAGGCUCAUCGUCCAAAUCAGGGAACAAAAUCACCGAUUUUUCCCUUGACAAGUGUCUGAACAAACACUUAAGAGGGGAGGAGAGGCUGGUGGCGACACCACGUACUUCACAAAGCCUCCCUCUUACUGAAGGUUAGGGGGAGUGGAUGCAGAGCCUACCAGGUGUCAGGACGAAGGGGGGCUGCUGAGGUUCUCUGUCCAUUUGGGCUCCUGACUGCAGCCCUCUCUCACCGAGCUAAACCAGAAAUGAACGUGAACUCGGUGCAGUUAGGAAACCCAGGUGCAGCUGGAGCGGAGUCCUCGGGCCUUUGGGAUGUGACAGAUUUAAGCCAAGGCGACUCUUGAAGCCUUGAGAAACUCCAGCAGAGGAGAGACUGGGGCCUCCUGUCAGAAUGGCUGGGGCGGUGCCUUCAAACAAAGGGCGUACUCCCCCAAACUCCUGCUCCCUAACCCCCAACAUCUCAGGAUGCUGAGUAAGACACUGAAGAUGGAACAGCAGCGUCAUGCAGCAGGAGGGCAGCUUUUUUGACCAAGAAUGGAGAGACCAACCAGGGUCUGAGCAGAAGGUGGGGCGAUGCAGCUCAGGAGGAACCUGCCGGCUCAGGACAGGGGGCGCUAGGCUUUGCCUUGCAUGGUGGGGCUGACCCGGGGAGGUCAGCCUCUCUGAGUGAGGAGCACGGGCAGGAAAGCCAGCGAGGCUGCAAACGAAGCCUCGGCUCAACACACAGCCAGAACUAACGCUGCAUCAAAAUCUACGUGAGGGAUAGACACUGGAUUGAUGCAGGUGAGAUUUUAGAAAACAAAACAAGAAACUUUGUGGGCUUGAAAAAUACAAUAGAGGAAUCACUCGAAUAUACAAGAUAAAAGGAAAAUAUAAGAAGCGCUAAGAGAGACAGGAUGAUGAUAAGCUUUGACAUAAUCUUUAACAGCAGUUGUGAGAGACUAGUGAGAGAAGAAGAAAACAAUCAGAUCAUGGGUUUUCAGAUGGAAGAAAAAUACGAAUUCUCAGAAUGAAAGAGAUGACUGAGUUCCAAGAAAGUUGCCAUGAAAAAAAAUCCUCACUCUCAAAAUCAACCAGAGAGAGGGCCUCCCCGGUGGCGCAGCGGUUGAGCGCUGGGUUGCGAAGCUGCCCGCAGCCUCUGCAGUGCUGGUUCGAUCCCCGGCUGCUCCCCGGCCACCGGAGGAGGGUCCCCCCGCAUGGCGCGCAGACCUCUCCUGCCGCCCGCUGCUCCCCUCGGCAGUGUCCUUCGGUCCUUCUGCCUGCUCUGCUCCCCGCUCUGGCUCUGGUGGAUCCUCUCGCCCUCCCGCGCUUCUGACUGUACCCGGUAAAUAAAUAAAUGUGUAAAUAAAUAAAUAAAUCUUUAAAAAAAAAAAAAUCAACCAGAGAGAAAACAUAGAAGCCUUAGAAAGGAGAGACGGAUGAAAGGCUGGCAGCCUUACGGGGAGUCCGUGAGAUGAAACACUCAGCCUGGGGGGCUGUCAGCACCCCUGCAUCCAGUGCCAGCUGCACUGUCACUCAAGAAUGGGGGGAGAUGAUAUCUUUUGGUAGGCAAAGACCAAGAUUUUGCAGUUUCAGUGGAAGAAGAAAAGAUGUUCAUCAGCAAAAAAGAAUUGAUGUUUUUUGGGCGCAUAAAACUAACGGCAUCAUUGGCCAUGAAAUACAGCAUUUUGUAAUUUAAAAAGAGGAACUAAAAUCCUGGAUAGCAAUAAUGUUAGAAAGGCAUUUUUUUUUUAAAGAUUGAUUUAGUGUGCAUACAAGAACUGGGGUACAGGCCAGAGGUGUGGGGGGUGAGAGGAGUCACCCUCCUGUUCCCACACUGCCCCGUUAUGGAGCAAGUCAGUGGUGACGAGCUCUGCAGUCUUGUUCUGCGCGUGCACCACGCUUCCUACAUCAUGCAGCCCUGGAGACAGAGACAGAGUGGGGAACAGAACAGGCAGACUGACUGAAAUGCACUGCUGAGGGGAGCAGCGGGGAGACAGGGGAGGUCUGCUGCGCCGUGUGCGUAGCCCCCUGGCCGGCCAGGGAUCGAACUCGUGCUGCAGUGGCUGCGGACAGUUGCCUCUCAAGCCCCUGUGCCACCAGGGAGGCCCAGAAAGGCAAAGAGGUUCUUGUUGGGGCGAAAUGCAAG